UCUGUGAUUGAGAUAGUAACUUUUCAGUGAAGGAAACUCAUUUCAACUGGUAGGAAUAAAAAAUAUCACCGGAAGCGACAAAUCAAUCUACAUCUUAAUACUAUAAAGUAGAAAUUAUCAUCAAGGCAAGAAUGAAUACCUUUUUGUUAGACUACAUUGGAGCUAGAGAAUUAGGAAAACCAAAAAUACUGAAUUGGAAGGAACAUUUAUACUCAUCCCUAUAUGCAGCUGUGAAACCCACACAAGUCACUGAAACAACACCAUCUGAAGGACUUGAUUGGGGGGCUAUUUUUGGUUUUGGAUUUUCUCCUGAUGGAUCUUUGUUAGCUGCAGCCUGUGAAAACAAAUGUAUGCUGAUGUAUGACCCGCAUAAUGCAAGACUUAUAAAUCGUAGAUUUAAAACUCAUACAGACUGUGUAAAUUGUAUAAGAUUCCUAGAUGACAGAAUGUUUGCUACUUGUUCAGAUGAUAACACUGUUAGAUUAUGGGAUACCAGAUUUCUAAAUCAUGAAAUCAAGAUAAUGAAAGGCCACACUAGCUGGGUGAAGAGUAUUGAAUACUGUUCUUCAGAGGGAAAGCUUUUAACUUCAGGAUUCGAUGGAAACAUCUUUAGCUGGAACAUUAACAAUUAUUCAGAAACUGAGAAAGGUGAACUUCUUUUGAAUGCUAAUGGUAUCAUGAGAAUGAAAGUAACGCCAGAUGAAAAGAAAAUGAUCAUUGCUACAAUUGGAGGGUUUUUAUUGUUGAUCCAUGAUCUUGACUUAGUUACUCUGAGGGAGGAUCUCAAGGGCUUUAAACCAAACUUCUACUACGCCAUGGAUUUGUUCAAUAAAUUUUCAUACAACACUUCUAAAAGUAAUCCUGUUUUCAUACGAGAAAGAAACAGGGUUGAAAUAAUUAGUGAUUUCCCUGGUGAUGAUACUGCAGAGUCCAUUUCAACUAUACAGGUUCAUCCUCAAGGAUGGUGUAUAGCUUCCAGAAAUACAACUUCAGAUGAGAAGUCAGAGUGGACAAGUAUCCAUGAUAUCCAGACAUUGGAUAAUCAAACUGAUUCAGCAUCAUCAGAUGAAGAAACUUCAGGCCCUAGCAGCUCAGUAAAUAGACAUGCAUCUGAAAGGUGGUAUUUAAAUCCUCGUCCAAUAUUUGAUUUAUGGCGGAUGGAGAAUGUGGAGUUGAAUGAAAGGAGCAGUGAUGAGGAACUAAGUGAGGAUAGCCGUGAUUAUGCUGACCAAAAUUUUCCUUUUAACUCUCCAAGUCCUCAGACAGAUUCAUCUAGCAGUGAAUUCUUGAUCCCGAUUUCUCAAAACCAAAGAAAUGAUAGUGAUAGUGUUAAUGAAAGCAAUAGCUAUAAUACUUUCCGUCAAACCUUGGGCAACUCAUUCAUCAACUUACUGAAUGACAGUCUGAUGUAUUCCAACCCUACACAUAUCAGUGGUUCCCAGGACACUCACAACAGUGGCCCAAAUAUUGGUUCCCAGGCCAAUGUUACUAGUGAGAUUGCUGGAUCUUCACCUCGGGUGCCUACUGCAUCUGAGGAAGAAAGACCUGAAGUAGAUGGGACUGCUCAUAGGCGACACUUACUUUCCAACAGCCGAAAAGCAAAAGCCACAAAAUACAAAAAGCGGAGAUUGUUGUUUUAUUCUGAGGAGCCCAAUGUAGGGCGUGGGUUUAUAAAAGAACAAAGCUUCAGCUCUGAUGGCAAAGUGUUAGCUUCACCCUUUGCCAACAGUGUUAGGCUGUUGGGAUUUAAUCACUCCUGCUCUGAACUUUGUGACAUUGUGCCCAAAAAGCCAAGGCAGCUCUGCCAAGUGGCAAUGACAGUGGGCCACAGCAGCACCAUUCUAGCCAGUACAUUCUCUCCUGUACAUUGUAUGUUUGUUGCUGGGGCAAGAGACGGCAGCAUCUGUUUUUGUUCUCCACGGUUUUAAUGACUCACUGCCAUUAGCCCCCUGUAUAUACAAUAGAUUUAUUUUAUUGUAGUAAGUUUUGUUAAACAGUCAGUCUUUCAUAAAAUAUAAAAAUGGCUUGUAACUUUUAGUGUUAUGUUUCAUUUGUGUUAUAAGUGCAUGAUAUUACAGAAGUAAAUACAUAAAAAAAAAGCAGUUUCCUAAGAUAUAAUGCAUUCAACUUUAUCAUUUGCUCCAAGUGACAAAAGAAAAGAUGUUUUUUAAAUCAUUGGAUUACAAUGAAACUAAUCACUGUACUUCAAAACAGUGGUGAACAUAUUCAUUAGUACAGUCAGGACUAAUGUGAUUUAGAAUAAAUUUGAAUAAACACAAAAUUAUUUUUGGUCUUUGACUCCUUAGAUGGCUUUGUGCCAUGAGAUUUUGCAACAGUAUCA